UAAGAUAUACGGAACACACAAAAAUUACUUUUUAAAUAAUUAUUAUUGAAUAAAUUAAAUAAUUUUUUCAGCAAGAUAAAAGGAUGAAGCAAAAUCGUAAUUACUUAUUUAAAAAAGAUUUUUAAUAUAAGUAAUUAAAAAUAUUAACAAAAAUAUACAUACAGUUUGACUAUAUUUUAAAAAUUGAUUAAAAAGUGAUCUAUAACAAACACCAGAAUGGCAGCAUUAGGGGAAGUUGCUUUAAUGGUGUAUAACUUUACAAUGAACUGCUCUUAUAAUGAUCUCUUCAUGAACGAUACAAAUUGCACUUACCCAGAGCCAUCUGACAACUAUAUCAACUUUUUUACUCCUCCUGAAUGGCUUAUUCAGUUUGCAAGAAUUUCAUAUGGAUUGGUUGGAAUACUUGGUCUCGGCGGAAACACUCUUGUGAUCUAUGUCGUACUUAGAUUCUCCAAGAUGCAAACAGUAACAAACAUGUAUAUCCUAAAUUUGGCGUUUGCAGACGAAAUGUACUUAAUAGGCUUGCCAUUUCUCCUGACCACUAUGAUAUUCCAUUCAUGGCCAUUUGGUAGAGUCAUGUGCAAGAUUUACAUGACAACCACAAGCAUCAACCAGUUUACCAGCAGCUUACUUUUAACCGUCAUGAGUGCUGAUCGAUACGUAGCUGUUUGCCAUCCCAUUCAGUCCCCGCGAUAUCGAACGCCAUUCAUUGCUAAAUUUAUCUGCUUGACAGCCUGGACAUUGUCCGCUCUUCUCAUGGUACCCAUCUAUAUGUACGCCAGCACUCUUGAUACAGGAGAGUACAUCAACUGCAAUAUUUACUGGCCGGAAAGCUCAUACAUGAAUGGCGAAAUGACCUUCACACUGUAUGCUUUCACUUUAGGCUUUGCCCUACCACUUUUGCUGAUCUUGCUGUUCUACUUUCUGGUCAUCUGCAAGCUGAGGAAUGUAGGCCCAAAGAAUAAAAGCAAGGAAAAGAAACGCACUCACAGGAAAGUAACCUAUCUGGUUUUGAGCGUUAUUACGGUCUACAUAAUUUGCUGGUUGCCAUAUUGGUGCGCACAGAUGUGGCUCACUUUCCUGCCACCAGAAACAGGGCAGAAUACUCUCACUUUUACCAUGAUGCUACUGACACAAUGCUUGUCCUAUGCCAAUUCAGCAGUGAACCCGAUCUUGUAUGCUUUUCUGAGCGAUAAUUUCAAGAAAAGUUUCACCAAGGCGUUCACUUGCGCUUCAAGACGCGAAGUAAAUGCUCAGCUGCAUGUAGAGAACAGCUUUUUCCCAAAGACAAAGAGCGGAUCGAGUCGCCAAACAGACAAGAAGUCCGAUUCAUCCAAACCUUUGAAGUCGGGCAAUCGCAAUAGGGAGCCAGAACCCUCUACUGCCGUCACCAUGAUGAAAAACGAAAAAGAUGCAUCGGUAAGGAAUGGAUUUAACAAACAGCUCGAAACGGUAGCUGUUACUGAAGUUUAAAGCUUUGUCGAAGUUCCAGUAUCUUCUUAAUCGAGCUUUACAACAUAAAUGAUUCACAUAUUAAUUUAACUAGUAAUCCAUCCAUUCCAAAAUUAAGAGUUAAAUAUGAAUUACGAGAAAAAAGCUCAAGGCUACUACAUUUUAUUUCUAAUUUUAUUUAAUUAUGUGAUAUUUCUUGUUUUGGUGCUCUUUUGACAAGGAUAAGCGACUUAUUACGGAGCUUUUAUGCAGGGAUCAUGCUAAGUUUUACAAAAUGCUAGAAAGUAUCGGAAUUUUUAUUUUUCCUUUACUGUCAAAACCUUAUAAACUUGUCUCACUUAUGACAUUUUUUUCUGUUCAUUAAAAAAUAUUAUAUCAUGCAUGCUCAAUUUUGAUAAUUUUUCUUCAUUUUCCCCAUAUAUAAAGUAUUGAGAAAAAACAGAUAUUCAAGUAGGAUAUGUCAUCAUAUUCCAAAAACUCCACUUUUACUUUAAAAUUAAAAUACAGCUAAGAACUUACAGGAUUUAACUCAAAAACCAAAGAAACAAGCGGAAGAUUUCCAAUAUGAUGAAAAUGACUGUUUGCGAAAUAUAUGAGACUACACACAUGAUUCAAAUCUAUGGCAAUGCCUCAUUCAAAAACCGUUUCAACUACUAUCAAUCAAGAAAAUGGAGCUUACAUGUAUCGUCAUAAUAUUAGAAGCAUCCAACAGAAAAAAUAGCCAGGAUUAUAAGCUCGAAAAUAUCAGAUUCUAUAAUAUAUUCAUGAUUGACGUUAUAAUGAAAUGCUCAAAGCAUAAUUUUAUCGCAUUGCCAAAAUCAAUAUGACCAUGCGCUAAAGAGUUAACACGUAUGUAACCAUUCCUAAAGACAAUUUAUUAGGUUGGAUAGUAAUCAACUCUGAGUGACCUAAGUCUCUACUUAUUAAGAGAUUUGAGUAUGUGAAAGACAGAGAUAAGGCACAAAGCAGACUUCUCAGUAUGAGAACAUCUGAAGUUUCUAACUGUUUACUUCUAAAGCCACAGCCCUUUUUAAAAAUGUACAUUCAUUUUAAAUAACUUGGUGGCUGCCGAAACUACAGAAUAAUCAAGUUAUUCCCCACAUACGUAAUGUGAAGUUUCUGUAAUUCUCUCUGGAAACUGGAUUAUACAUGGAUUGUUCUUGGUGCUGUAGGAAGCAGUGACUUCUUUAUAUAUACCUAUAUAUAUAUAUGCUGUAUUUAUGUGUAUCUGCAUUUUAAAUGUUAAACAGUUGGAAUGUGGGAACAUAUUCUAUGGAUCCUUGUAAAUAGAAGAUAGACUGCAAGGCAGAAAAUAAUCGCUUAUAAUACUCUGAGGCGAGCUUGACAUGACUUGAAAUAAAAUAAUGAAAAUAGAUACAUUAGAGAAAUUUUAAUAAAUUAUUUUAAGAUAUUUUAUAUCUAUUCCAUUCAUACAUUUUCAAAUUGGAAUUUCAUUUCCAGCAUCGGUUUACCUUAAUAGACAAUAUAGGCUUUAAAGAAAUCAUUAAAAGAUCACUUUAAAGGAAAGUUAGAAAUUAAAAAAAAUAUUAAACUGUGUAAAUUACUUUCAGAAUUAUUUAAUAAAUAGGAAAACUAUAAAAACAAUCACCUUUUUCCAUUUCAUUUCUUGUAAUAUUUUGAUGCACACGAUUAUUUAUAUUAAUAUAAUUCUAAUAAAAAAAUUAUAAUUUCAGAUCGUUUCAUUUAGAUUUAAGAUAACUAUUUCUGAGAAUCAGAA